UUCAUUUGAACGGUCGACGAGGCGUGUUGUGCUAGAAAAAAUACCUCAUAUAAAUAGCAGAACAGCCCCCAAACAGGCCAAACAUUUCAAACAAAAAUACAAUACAAAACUCUCUGGAACUCAAGUUCUUCAACUCAACAUCGCCCAAAACAAAAACAUCUCAUACCAAAGAAAAUUAAAAACAAAAACUCACAAUAUAAAUAUAUAGAUUAACUCUUUUUUUGAUUGUGCUUCUAAGUGUUGUGCUAAAACUAUAUUAACUUGUAUAAAUAUUCAAAGAUAUUCAAAAGUAUUUAACUUAUAUUUUCAAAAUAUCCACCUAAAUGCUAAGAAAACAAACUCAUAACUAACGGAAAGUUAAAAGGACAAAAAACAUAACAGACAGUUUUAAGACCAAGUACAUUUCGAAUUUGUCGUGCUUUUUGAAUCCUAACUGUUGACGCGUAAAACGCACAAAAAUGUGCACGAAAUUCUCACUAGACUCGAACGACUGAAAAGUGCGUUCCAUUGAAAAUAAAAACAAAAACUGAAUGCGAACCGCGCGAAACUUUUGAUUAAUUAAAAGUAAAACAAAAAGCCGAGAGCCAACCAAGAACUGGCUUCUGGCGAACAACAACAAAAACCCACAACGAGAGUCCUGAAACUCGCCCACAAGUAACUUCUCCUCCAGGAAGCAGCUAAACAAACCACAAAAAAAAAGGACAACAAAAAAAGAAUACAGAAUUGAGAAAAAAUUCAACUUUGACCGAACACCGAACAUCGAAAUGGAAUUGGCCAUCAGAAUUGUCAAUUCGCAGUUCGCUCGCUACAAAAACAACUACAACAGCAAUAACAGCAAAAUUCACACCAGCAAUAGCAAAGAUCGAAUCAUCGACAACAACGACGAGAACAACAAUCCCAACAAUCUCAACAGUGACAACAAUUUAACAACGAUAAGAGCAGCAGUAGAGAAAACUGCAACCACCACCGGCAACAACCAAUCGACAUCAGCAGCAGCAACAACAGUAGCUGCAACUUGCGACAAAUUUGUAUUGACAACAACAACCAAGCGAAAUGCAGCAGCAGCAGCAACAGCCGUCCAUCGACCAGCUGAGCGAGCCCAUAGCUUCGACCAGCAGCGCGGCAGCAAUUAGGCAGGCAGCAGCAGCAGCAGCAGCAACAUCGACACCGACAACAUCGUCAACAAGCAACAACUUCCACCAGCAACUGCAAGCAACAACGGCAGCAACCAUGCAACGUCUGCGUACCACAUUCACGCGAUCGCGCACUCCGACCGGUGCCGAAAUGAAGAUGCAGAACAGUUUGGAGGUGCCCAAGCAGGUGCGCUCAGCCUCCUUCGACGAGAUGCAAUUGGAGUCGCAGCGCGCCUCCUCCAGCCUGCUCAAGCAGCAGUCCUCAUCCUCGGCCUCGGCGGACGAACGCUCCUCGGAGGCUGGCUUCCUGCAGGUCCCCUUGGCGGCCCAUCAGCAGCGAUCCCAUAGCUUCGAUUCGGCGGCCACGGCCUCGGGGGGCAGCGAUGAUUCUGGGACCUUUCUGGAGGUUCCGCGCCGCCUGAAGGCUCGCCGCACUUCGUCCACCAAGACACCGCCGCCGUGCAUCCAUUGUCACUAUCUGGAGGAGUACGAGCGCCUGAUGACGGCCGACCAGCGCUACUUUAUCGAUCAUCGCGAGCUGACGGCCCUCAGCUACAGCAACACCAGCUCGGAGAACAGCGAGGAUGAGGACGAUGGAGAGGAUGACGACGAGGCCAGCAGCACGGCCAUUGAGGAUGCCGAGGAGGAGACCACUGAGGCGGCUACCGAGGAGGCGGACGAAGAUCCCCGCACCGAGGUGGAGUCCGAGCACGAUCACGAUCCGGAUGACGAUGCCGCCAUGGAGAUGGACAUACGCAUUGGCAAUAUGAGCAGCCAGGGCAGCAGCAUCGAGGAGUCGCGUGCCCGCCUGCCGCGUCAAAUGAGACGCCACACCAUCGGCAGCAGUUCCCUUGCCUCGGCGACCUCCGAGGACGAGGGUCUCGAGGGAUCGGACAAUGGAUCGCCGCACUUUGGGAAUACCCUGCAGCCACCGGCCACGCCGUGCGGCAUAACCUUUACGCUGAGCCCGACCAACGGAGACUAUCCAUCGCCGCCGCAUCUCCCCUUGGAUCCUGGAUCGCCGCCCAUGUCGCCGUGCUCCUCGAACUCGAUUUCCGGUCGCUUGCCCGCGGAUGCCGACGAUGCCGGGGCGGCCAUGGGUCUGCCGGUGCGGGCCAGACGUCGAUCGAUCUCGCGACAGGAGGCCAUAUUCGUGGAGCCCACCGGGAACUCGCUGGAGAAUGUGUCGCACGAGGAGGUGGACAACCACAGCAGCAACAAUAACACCAAGUCAUCGGUGGAUACCGCAGAUUCCCUCGAGGAGGCCUCGACCAUGGCCACCUGUGGAUCACCGGGAGCGGUUGGUGGGUUGGGCCCUUCGACAUCCUCGGGCGCUGUUGGUGGUCAUCACAAUGCUUUUGUGGUGCGGGAUAUUUACCUAAUGGUUCCCGAUUUGAAGCGAGAUCGGGCCGCCUCCGUCGAUUCUUGCUUCUCCAAGCUGUCGUCGGGCGCCAAAACGGAGGAGCUGCAACCAAGUGCCGAUGGCUGCUUCCUCACCGUGCCGAAUAUCAAUGCCACACGAUCGCGAUCCGUGGACAUCGUGCUGCCCACCGACGAGCAGGCCAGGUACAAGGCCUUGUCCAUGACCGGAUCCACCGUCACCUACGCCGAUGGGCGUACCGCUUCGGCCAGCAAUUCCCGGCGACCCAUUCGCAUUGUGCCCGACUGGACGGAGAAUGCAGUGCAGGGCGAGCACUACUGGAAGCCCACCUCGGCCUCCGGCGAUCUUUGCUGCCUGAACGAGGAGUGCAUUAAAAGCGGUCAGCGGAUGAAGUGCUCCGCCUGCCAGCUGGUCGCGCACCACAACUGCAUUCCGUUUGUGAACGAGAAGAGCACGCUGGCCUGCAAGCCGACCUACCGGGAUGUGGGCAUCCGGCAGUACCGGGAGCAGACAACCACCCACCACCAUUGGGUGCACCGCAAGCUGGAGAAGGGCAAGUGCAAGCAGUGCGGCAAGUUCUUUCCUAUGAAGCAGGCGGUGCAAAGCAAGCUAUUUGGGUCGAAGGAAAUUGUGGCGUUGGCCUGUGCGUGGUGCCAUGAGAUCUACCACAACAAGGAGGCCUGCUUUAACCAGUCCAAAAUCGGCGAGGAGUGUCGUCUGGGCAACUAUGCGCCCAUCAUUGUGCCGCCUUCGUGGAUUGUGAAGCUGCCGAGCAAGGGCAACUUCAAGUCCUCGAUACGCGUGAGCAACAAGAACAAUGCCGCCUCGGGAUCAGGAGGCGGGGCGAGUGGCUCGGGGGGCGGAGGAGGUGGCGGUGGGGGAAAGAGCAAGAAGCAGACGCAGCGACGGCAGAAGGGCAAGGAGGAAAAGAAGGAGCCGCGGGCGUUCAUUGUGAAGCCCAUUCCGUCGCCGGAGGUAAUCCCGGUCAUUGUGUUUAUUAAUCCAAAGUCGGGCGGCAAUCAGGGCCACAAGCUGCUGGGCAAGUUCCAGCACCUGCUCAAUCCGCGCCAGGUGUUCGAUCUUACACAGGGUGGUCCCAAAAUGGGCCUUGAUAUGUUCCGCAAGGCGCCCAAUUUGAGGGUCCUGGCGUGCGGAGGCGACGGCACCGUCGGCUGGGUCCUUUCCGUCCUGGACCAGAUCCAACCGCCGCUCCAACCAGUUCCGGCCGUCGGUGUCCUUCCCUUGGGCACCGGCAAUGAUCUCGCUCGCGCCCUCGGAUGGGGAGGGGGCUACACGGACGAACCGAUUGGGAAGAUAUUGCGCGAGAUCGGGAUGUCGCAGUGCGUGCUAAUGGACCGCUGGCGGGUGAAGGUCACGCCCAACGAUGACGUCACCGAUGACCAUGUCGACCGCAGCAAAGCCAACGUUCCCCUGAACGUCAUCAACAACUACUUCUCGUUCGGCGUGGACGCGCACAUCGCCCUGGAAUUCCACGAGGCCCGGGAGGCCCAUCCGGAGCGCUUCAAUUCGCGGCUGCGCAACAAGAUGUACUACGGCCAGAUGGGCGGCAAGGAUCUGAUCCUGCGCCAAUAUCGCAACCUCUCGCAGUGGGUGACGCUUGAGUGCGAUGGCCAGGACUUUACCGGAAAACUCCGCGACGCCGGCUGCCAUGCCGUGCUAUUCCUCAACAUUCCCAGCUAUGGCGGUGGCACCCACCCGUGGAACGACUCCUUUGGCGCCUCGAAGCCCUCGAUUGACGACGGCCUGAUGGAGGUGGUGGGUUUGACCACCUACCAGCUGCCUAUGCUGCAGGCGGGCAUGCACGGCACCUGCAUUUGCCAGUGCCGAAAGGCCCGGAUCAUCACCAAGCGGACCAUUCCGAUGCAGGUGGACGGGGAGGCCUGCCGCGUAAAGCCCUCGGUGAUCGAGAUCGAGCUGCUGAACAAGGCGCUGAUGCUGUCCAAAAGGAAGCACGGCCGCGGCGAUGUCCAGGUAAAUCCCCUGGAGAAAAUGCAGCUGAACAUCUUGCGCGUCACCAUGCAACAGUACGAGCAGUACCACUAUGACAAGGAGAUGCUACGCAAAUUGGCCAACAAACUGGGCCAAAUCGAAAUCGAAUCUCAGUGCGAUUUGGAGCAUGUGCGCAAUAUGCUCAAUACCAAGUUCGAGGAAUCCAUCUCGUAUCCGAAGGUCUCCCAGGAUUGGUGCUUUAUCGACUCCUGCACCGCGGAGCACUACUUCCGCAUCGAUCGUGCCCAGGAGCACCUGCACUACAUCUGCGACAUCGCCAUCGACGAGCUGUACAUCCUGGACCACGAGGCGGCCACCAUGCCGCAGACUCCGGACCAGGAGCGCUCCUUCGCGGCCUUCUCGCAGCGGCAGGCGCAGACGGAGCGGCGCCAACUGGAUCAGGCCCAGGGUCGCGGACCCGGCAGCACCGAUGAGGAUUUGCAAAUUGGCUCCAAGCCCAUUAAAGUGAUGAAGUGGAAGAGCCCUAUACUGGAGCAAACUUCCGAUGCCAUACUACUAGCAGCCCAGAGCGGCGAUCUCAAUAUGUUACGUGCACUACAUGAACAAGGAUACUCACUACAGUCAGUGAACAAAAACGGACAGACGGCGUUGCACUUCGCCUGCAAAUACAACCACAGGGACAUUGUCAAAUAUAUCAUCGCGAGCGCCACACGACGCCUCAUCAACAUGGCCGACAAGGAGCUUGGACAGACGGCGCUCCACAUUGCCGCCGAGCAGAACCGUCGCGACAUCUGCGUGAUGCUGGUGGCCGCAGGCGCCCAUCUGGACACCAUGGACUCCGGCGGAAACACGCCCAUGAUGGUGGCCUUCAACAAGAACGCCAACGAGAUAGCCACCUAUUUGGAAAGUAAGCAGGGGACGCAGCCCGUCGAUGGCUGGCUCGACGACUAAGUAGCAGGUCCCCCCUCCAAGUAGAGCAAUCGCUAGACAAGCUUACGCCGUGGGGCUAACUCACGACAUCCAGACAACAAACAAAAACAAACCAGACAAAGCAAAAUUAAACCAAAAAAAGAAAAGAAAAAAUGAUUAUCACAAUACCAGAACAUCAGUAAAACAGUAAUCCAAAACAAGAAUGUACUUUUAACACUGCAUAAAUAUUUCUCCUUUCUAUGCCAACAAAACAACAACCAACAACCAAAAUGGACAAUGUCUUGUAAAUAACUCAACUUACCUAAUCGAAUCAAACGAAAUCCAAAAAAAAAAUGGAACUCAAAUCAAAUCAACAUUCCGAAAAAAAACAAAAAACAACUCACAUUGGGGUUCCGUUUCCGAUUUUGCACAGGUCAAGAGCGCUUUUUGCAUCUGGAGGUGCAGACCCGAGUCUAAAAGCAAAAGAGGAGCAUUCGGCGGAAGCAUUCACCCCACGACACCCUACAUACAUACAUAGAUAACUAAUAAUAAUAAUAAUGAUAAUCGCUUUUUUUUGGCAACUUUUUUUUUGUGUUAGCAUGUACGAGAGAAAUCUAAUUUAAGCUAAGCAAAAAAAAACACAUACACAGAAGAACACUCAAAACAACAUUUAGCGACUAAGAAUGGACAAUGGUAUGGAUUAACUUAAUUUAUUGUAAGGAAAAGUUAGGCAGACGAAAGGCAACAUUUGUCCAAAAUUUAAUUCAAUUUUCAAUUACGAACAAAAAACUAAAAACUAUUUUUAAAAGAAGGAAAUUCGAAAUUUAUUUGUUUCUCUUACCGAUUGAUUAACGAUUAAUGAUUAUAUUGUGAUAUCUAAAUUAAUUAAUGUAUUGGACUAGAGAACGAAAACGAGAAAGAGAACGAGAGCAAAUAGAAAUUGAUAUUAGCGAGGCAAAAAAGUUGAAAGAACAAAAAAAAACAACAAAAAACACACUGAUCCACACUAAGCAAAAAUAUAUAGCCUAUAUAUUUAAUUAAUUAUAUAUUUAAUUAUACCAUAUAUUGUACUUCUUUUGGAAUUCAAACUAGGCUAAGUGAGAACUUGAAUACUCUUCUUCGGCAGAGCAGCAGCACGAUUAGAAGAGAGACGCACUAGACCCUAAGCGGCUAUGGCUCUCUCGCUCAGCCACAGACACACACACACACACCACACAAACACACACACACAGUCCCGAUGCACAGACUAGGAUGCACAACCCCCACUAGAUAUACCACCCACUCUUCACCCACUUCACCCCAGAGAAACAACUAAACCCUCAGCGUUUCAAACCGAAAGACUUCCCUCAAAAACGAGGUCACCUGCCCCAAAAAAAAAGAAGAAAAAGAAAAACAACUAGACGUUAGGCGGGGCAGGCAGCCACACGAAGACUAUCCUAACUAUCCUAUAUACUAUAUAUACUAUAUUCCGUAUUCUUUAACUGAAAAACCCUCGUAACACAAUGGAACAAUGAAUACGAAACACACACUCUUAAUAUAGAAAGCAUGCAUAUUUUAUCGAAUAAAAAAAGUAAAAACUAUGGAAUACCAAAAUAUUAUAUAGCCGUUAAUCAAACCAUAUAUGUAUGCUAUGUACAGUAGAGGGCUAUUUUUAUUUUAUUCCUAUGUUUUUUGCUUAGAAUCCAAAUUCCGUAAUAUUUAUAUCUCGAGUCAAUUACGUUUACCGCGAUUCCCCAGAUUCCCAUUUUUGCGGCUUAGCUAACAUUUACGAUUAUAACGAUAGCGAAUAGCGAUAGCGAUAAGUAUCACUAUCGAUUGAUAAGGCACCCGAGAGCGAUUAAGUAUCGAUCACCUUUACGAGAGUCUUGGCCGAAUGCAGCCCUGUCCCCCCGUCCAAGCGCAAUCGGCUUAGUUCCUGGAAAACCAUGGCUCUGGCUUUCGGAAUUGGAUUACCGGCUUGCGUUUGGACGACCCCCUUUGGGGGGCCAUCGCCAGCAUUACCGCCCAUCCCGCCCUGUGAGCCACUUCCGGUCUACGUCCGGAGGUGCGCUUCCGGCGCGGGUAAUCAUGUUUUGGAUUGCACGCGACAAAAACAAAAAAAAAAACGAAAAGAAAAAAUAUAUAC